AUGUCUACCAAAACCGCUGUCCUUACAACCAAGGCCCCGGCGCCACUUCCGGUGCUAUCUCAGGCCGUCGUCCACAAUGGCAUGAUAUAUUGCUCUGGAAGCAUUGGAAUGGAUCCCAAGACAAAUCAAUUAGUCUCUGGAGGCGUUGCAGAGAGGACGCAUCAAGCUCUAAGGAACCUUUCAGCAGUAUUGGAAGCCGGCGGCAACAGCUUGAAGAAUGUCGUCAAAACAAACGUCUUCAUCUCCACCAUGGAUGACUUUGCGGAAAUGAACAAGGUGUACCAGUCUUAUUUCAAAGAUGAGCCGAAACCACAGCUACCAUUAGAUACCGACAUUGAGAUUGAAUGCAUAGCUUAUCUGUAUGAACCAUCCACUGAACUGCCUCUGUCCAUGGUUGAAUCAUCUAACUAG